GAUUCACACCCGAACUGCCUGAAUGAGGGACCUGAAGUUGAGAGGUACAAACAGUCCUCCUUUCCCAACACUGGGCUCACCUGAAGCAGAGCAAUUAAAAGCUAGUGGCUAAUUACCCUGCUACCAAGCCCUGUGGAAAAAGUACCGGUGACCACAAAGUUGAAAAAGUUUUACAGAAUGCAUUUAGCAUAAAACAGACCGUGUGUUGUUGACUCAGGCUUAUAAAGUUAAUAGAACUAAGCUACAUACUAUACGUAGUGAUUACUGAAUUAAUUGUUUCCUAUCAGAGCUCUGAAAGGUGACUAAGAAAAGCAAGAUCAUUCCCUGCAAAGGAGCCAAAUUCACAUGCUGAAGUAUUUUUGUGCCCACGAAGUGGAAAGACCGAAGGAGCUCAGAUCAGGUAGCCGACUAGUUGAUCCAGCUUCUUUAGCAACCUACACUGGGGUGGUAAAUAAUUCAGAAAUAAAUGUAUCUCUACUGAAAUGUUAAUCAAACACCUAAUCAGACACUCGUCUACAGCAUAUCCAGCAUUCAAAUUAACUUUUUUCUGCUCACCGAAGACGACAUACGUUAGCUUUAAGAGAUAUGAACUGUAAUCUGAAACUGCUGAACACCAUAUUAGGGCAUUUUAUGACAUUUUGCCAAGGGUUAGAUACAAGGUUGUACUGCCCAAUUUAUCGAGGUUAUUUAACAAACUAGCAGCUCCUUUUCUUGCCAGAGCUGGGACACUACCAUAACUGUUUGGUAUGCAGUCCUGUUUUUCCCUUCCCUGCCUGUGAGCAGACUUUAAAAUCAGCUUUAGAAAAAAGUCUACCAGGUCAAUCCAAAGAGCUGAAUACGCUUCAGGAGGAACACAGCAAGUACAUGAACGCAGCUCUGUCUGAGUUUCAAGGGCUCUAGCACACGGAAGAACUAGCUUUGCUCCGUACGGAUCCUCUGCCUUCACGAUGGCAAUGACAGAAGCCAGCAUCCUCUUCUUCCGCACCUGCCUUGCGCUGCUUGCCAUGCCUAUCUACCUACUAUCAUUCCUGGGCAUAUGGGAGCCCUUUUGUAAGAAGAUAUUUUUUCCUUUCUUCUUGGAGAAGCUCACUGCAAUUCACAACAGGAAAACAAAGAAGCAGAAGCAGGAGCUAUUUCGAAAUCUCCCUGACUUUGCCGGCCCCUCGGGAGAGCUGAAGCUGCUGGAGAUUGGAACUGGCUGUGGCGCUAACUUCCAAUUCUACCCACCAGGCUGCAAAGUCACAUGCACCGACAUAAACCCCAACUUCCAGCAAGGCCUUUCAAGAAGCAUGAGCCAGAACCAGCACAUCCACUACGAGCGCUUCCUCACAGCAGCAGGAGAAGACCUGCAUCAGGUGCCCAGUGGUUCCGUGGAUGCCGUCGUCUGCACCUUAGUCCUCUGCUCCGUGCAGAGUGUGAACAGCACCUUGAAGGAAGUACUGCGAGUGCUCAGACCAGGAGGCGUUUUCUAUUUCUUAGAGCACGUGGCCGACGAUCAUUCCAGCUGGAGGUAUUUUUGGCAGCAAGUCUGCUAUCCAACUUGGAAGCUCGUGUUUGCUGGUUGCUGCCUAACGAGAGAGAUAUGGAAAAAUCUCGAACAGGCCAACUUCUCAGAACUGAAAUUACAACACAUCAGUGUACCGCUGCCCGGGACGCCUAUUAAGCCUCACAUCAUCGGAUACGCUGUGAAGUAACACAGACCACACUGUGAAGCUUCUUCCCCUGGCCCCACAGAAACGCCUCGGCAUAAUCAAAGCGCACAAAACUGCAUAUGCUAAUCCUGACAUAUGAAUGUAGGUAAUGUGGCUAAGGACUUUAAUUAAAUUUCUGAUUCAGACAUCAAAUGAGAGAAGAGGGUCAGCUUUCUAAACAUCUUUAAACUAAAACCACUGUGCUGGGCAUACACGAAACCUUCGCACGGUGCCUCACCGGCCGUGGGGCAGCCCCAGCAGCACACCGGGCACUUCCGCAUUGCUUCCAGACCUGCCUGGGGCCACUUCGAACCAAAGCUGGCAAGGCAACAGAACACAAGAGUUUGGCAGACAAAAUAAAUAUAUUAACUCCUUACUUGAGGGAACUUCUGCCCACGUCUCUCUGGCAAGCAAUUCCUUCAGGUGUUCCCAAGCAUAUGUUGCCACGAGGACAGGGCAGGCGUAGAGCACCCCAAAUGGGUGCAGGCCACCACAGUGAGGGCACUCCUGGCACCCACUCUCCUUUCCCUGGGCUGUUCACAGCUGUUCGCUCUCCAGCCUUACGAAACCAGCAGGCAGAAGCAACCUCUAACACAUAAACUUUGCUCAGCUGCAAGUUAUUCAUUUACAAAGGGCAGAGUACUGAGAGGGAGGAGGAGGCUGCCUCUCCACAUAACACACAAAGCCUCUCACUCACUUGGCUACCCACCUGCGUCUGCGUGGCACUUGGUUCUAACAGCAUUCACCAGCAUUAAAAGAUUCAUG